UUUGUGGUUUUGAAUUUGGUGUGUUGAGCAACAACUUGUAUUCGAUAUAUUUUAACAAAAUGGCAUUAAACAAGUUUAUGCAUCCCCGCAAUAUUUAUAAAACCCCUCCCGACUUUGCGAAGCUUGCAAAAACAUAUGAAGAAUUUUCAGAUAUAGCCAAAGUGGAUGUCAGUGGCAAAGUGAGUAUUGAUUUUAAGGAUCCACAUGCAUUAAGAAUUUUAACAAAAUGUUUGUUGAAAUCAGACUUCAAUCUGGAUGUUGUCAUUCCUGAAGACCGCCUGGUUCCAACCCUUCCUCUCAGGCUUAAUUAUAUACUAUGGAUCGAAGAUUUAAUGAAUACAAUUAAUAGAAGUGAUUCAAUUUAUGGCUUUGAUAUUGGAACUGGAGCAUGUGCGAUAUAUCCCUUAUUGGCUGCAGUUAAAAACAAGUGGCGUAUGGUGGGAACAGAGACAGAUGUUCAGAGUUUGCAGCAAGCCCAAGACAAUGUAAACAACAAUAAUUUACAACACCUUAUCGAAGUGAGAGAAAAUACUACCAAGUCGGUAAUUGAACAUAUGUUUUUGGAUGAAAGUAGUCAAACAUUUGACUUUUGCAUGUGCAACCCACCAUUUUACACAAAUAUUCAGGAAUUGUGGGAAUCUCGUAGCCCAGCCAGACCUGAACCUAAAAAUGGUUUCACUGGUUCACCACAUGAACUCAUAACCGAAGGAGGUGAGCUGCAGUUUUGUAGACAAAUUAUAGAAGAAAGCAAGCUGCAAAAAGACAAAGUCCUCAUAUUUACAACUAUGGUGGGCCAUAAGUUUAAUUUAAAGGAAUUAGUCACUGAUUUAAAGGCAGAUGGUAUUACAUACACUACAACAGAAUUCUGCCAAGGUCGAGUCACAAGAUGGGGACUAGCUUGGACAUAUCAAAAAUACGAUUUUUCAAAAAUGUUUUCACCAAGAGACAAGUCUCGAAAGAAAAGUGUUCCAAUUUCAUUUGUUUUACCAGAAUUAAAUGAAUGUUGCGAUUAUGUAGAGAAGUUAAAGGGAAUACUCCAAGAUCUACAAAUCAUAAAUAAGGUAAUAACAAAACGGAAAAACGAAAUGAUUCUUGAUGUUGUUGCAUUUUCCAAUACAUGGUCAAAUCAACGCCGUAAAAGGAGGAUUCAUAAACGUUUGUCAGAGGACCAAGUUAAAAGAGCAAAAGUAGAUUUAAAAAAUACAUCCAAUGUAUCAUUACAGAACAGUACUAAUGAAUCAAAUGAUACAAUGGCAAAUAAAAGUAUUGAACCUGCAGAAGAAAGUACAAGUAAUAAUAGAUCUCUUAAGGAUUCACCAGAGAAUGAAACAGAAGCAGUAGUCCAUGCAUUAAUGAAAAUAGCUAAUAGAGAUAAGCUUUUAAAUAUUGAAAUGGAAUUUUUGAAUGGCAGUGCUGGUAAAGAAGGAUUACAUCAAAUCGUUCAGUACAUUAAAAAUAAUUGGAAAUGAUAUCUUGUUUUCAUUUUCCAUACUAAAAAUAAAAGGACUUAGAUCAGGGUCAGGCGACUUGUAAAACGUAACGAUCCCAGUAAGGUGUUGUAAAGAGGUCAAAGGUUAUCAAAUUAUCUCUAUCGUUAGGCGA